UCUAAGCGUGUCUUUCUGUGUCACCUACUUUGACGGCUAACUUAAUGUCUGUUUUUUCUUACGAGGCUAAUCUCCUUUAGCGCGUUUUGGUAGGUCUGUAACGACAAGACCCUUGAGAAAGAAAACAUUAACCGGUUUUGGGACCAAGAUGGCUUUACACUUCUGCGAUGCGUUUUGGGGUGUUCACUUUACCGACCAGUCAGGUUAUGAGGCCAUAUUGCAGAGGUUACAGGAUGGCAGACACAUGUGCAAAGAUGUAGAAGACCUAUUAAAAAUGAGGGCAAUGGCGGAGGAGAAGCACGGCAGAGAGCUUGUGACGAUUGCUCGAAAGGCUGAGGGUCAAACUGAGAUUGGAACAUUAAAGGCAUCGUUUGACAAGAUGAAAGCAGAGAUUGAGAAGACAGGAAACCUGCAUAUCCAACUAUCUGAAAGGAUAAGGGAGGAAGUUAAAAAAAUAGAAGCAUUUCGAGAACACCAGAGGGAACAGAAAAAAAAGCUUGAAGAGAUUAUUGAAAAACUUCAGAAACCUAAAAUGUUGUUACACAAGAAGACAGUUGAGUCAAAAAGGUUAUAUGAGCAGAGAUGUAAGGAGGCUGAUGAAGCUGAGCAAGCAGUGUUGAAGACGACAAAUGUGACCAUCUUCCCCCACAGGCAAUCAGAAAAGGUGCUGAACAGGGCCCGAUUAUGCAGGCAAGCAGCCAACCUGGCAGAAAAGCAGUUCAGGUGGAAUGUUGAUCAGCUUGACAUAACUCGCCAGGACUGGGAGAGUACAUACAGGAGUGCAUGUGAGGUGUUUCAGCAGCAGGAAUCGGAACGCAUUAAUAUCUUGCGCUGUGUGUUAUGGGAUCACUGUAAUCUGCUGUCUAUGCAGUGUGUCAGGGAUGAUGAGCGUUAUGAGGAAGUACGGAAUAUUUUAGAGCAGUGUGACAUCAUCACUGACAACAACUACUUCAUUGAGAAGAAAAAGACUGCCCGUUGUCCACCAGCUCCCAUAGAGUUUCAGUGUUACUGUGACGUGGACACUAAUGGAAGUGUUCAGGGGCCUGAAACGAAGAGAUUAUCAGUUGUGCUGCCAAGGAUAGUGUCCUCUAGUGGCAGCCCUGGAGCAGGCAGUAAUUUGAGUGAACCAUUUACUCCUGUUCAAGAAAGGGAAGGUGCCACUGAGGAGAAGUACAUGGUUUUAUAUGAUUUUAAAGCACAGGAAGCAGAUGAGCUGUCUAUAAGUAAAGGAGAAGUCGUUACAGUAACUGAGAAAGGCGAGGUUGGGUGGUGGACUGCAUGGAGGAAUGGCAUAUCUGGGCUCGUACCUGGAACGUAUUUGACCAAAAUCUCACUGCAGAGCUACAGCUCACAUCUUGCUACUCCUCAUCCUGAACAUAACCCCAUCAACUGGAAUUAAGCAAAUCUGGAUAGGAAUUUAAAAUGAGCAGAUUAGUUAUUACACUAAGUCUAACUAAGAUGAUGCGUUAAGACUUAUUGUCAUUUUUAGAAUUGUGAAUUUAUUCUUUUAAACAUGUAUGCGUAUAUAUUUAGUUUUUAUUUUUUCCUUCUUUUUUUUGGUGAUAUUAGGCUUUAUUUAUAAGAUAGUAAUGUAUAUGAACAGGAAAGUGUGGGAAAGAGAGGGGGAACAGCUCUUGUAUUUCAGAAGUAAAUGUGCUACAUUCUGCGCCACAGCUCUAACCUGUUUAGUACUGUUAAUGUCAUGAAAUUAAUAUGUUGUAAUUUAUAGUAGGCUUCUGUCUUUUUAUAUUUUCUAUCUGUGACAUACUAAUGCAUUUUACUAAGAAAGAUGUGCCCUGUCUGUAAGAAUGCUAGAACUAGCAUGUAUUUCUUUUUCAGUACAACAGCUGUCUGUCUAGUCCAGUUUGUGGAUUAGGUGGUCUCCUUAAUAGACAGUACCACAUUAACCCCACAUUAACAUACUUUUUUUAUACAUUUUGUUUGUUGACAAAUGGUCUGUGAAAGGAGGAAAGCCUUCAGAUGUUAAAUGUCAAGGAGGUCAACUUAAUAUUAUAUGAGCUGUUUACUUUUUCUUUAUUUUUUGUUAGA